GCGAAGAGCUCAUGUUCGCCACCUUCAGAGUUGAAAGUUACGCUGUUGGCAACGCUAACCUGUACGGUUCCUUCGCGUCUGCUUGCGUUUACAGUGCACAUUUGACAAUGGCGAAUGUUUUCUUUUCCCCUCGCGCGUACUGCAAGAUUAUUUUACACGCAGCAAAGUACCCACAUUGUGCAAUAAAUGGCUUACUGCUCGGCAAACAGAAGACCAAAGACGGCAGGGCAGAUCUGUAUAUCGAAGACGCGAUACCUUUAUUCCACGUAUGUCUACAUGUUUCCCCAAUGGCGGAGAUAGCGCUUACCUUGGUAGACCAGUUAGCUGCAAGUAAAGGCCUUAUACUAGCAGGUUAUUAUCUAGCCAAUGAGAACAUAAACGAUUUAAGUACAGACAGACCAGCUCACAGAAUAGCGGACAAGAUCGCAGAGAACUUUAAUAAUGCACUACUCGUUGUUGUGGAUAAUCGCGAAUUUACUCUAGCUAUGCAAUCUAGUCCAUUGAGAAUCUCACAGUCCGCAGAUGGAAAGUGGAAACCAAAGGAUAAGGCAAAUAUAAUUUAUGAAGGAGGUGUCACACAUACAGACAUGAUGCAUGUAUUACUGGACGAAAAGCGAUAUAAGAAUCUGAUUGAUUUCGAUAACCAUCUCGAUAACAUUGCCCUUGACUGGCAAAAUCAGAAACUUAAUGAAAUUAUCGAGGAGGCUGUUGAUAAUUUUAAGUAAAAAGAGACAGUACAAGCAUUCCACAGAAACAACACGAAGAUUGUUUAUUUAUAUGUUACGUUGCACUCUAUGUGUAUUUUAUUCACCGUAGGCGAAAUAAGAAAUGUACAUACGAUAUGAACUUUAUAAACGCCUGUCACACUUA